CUCUCCCCCAUUCGCCCCGAGAUUUCCUUCGCGGAACAUCUCUGUCGCUCAUUUACCAGUCUUCCUUCUUCUAUUCCAUGGGCAGUUUCGACGUCUUUACCGCAGAUUCAACAUAAUAUCCCUCCCGACGCCUUACCCGGACCGUUUUGCCAUCUACCCGGCCUUUCUGCGCUCGGCCGGCCACUCACGACAAACAAGCAGCACGAGGGUGGAAAAAGAAAACGCAAGACAACCUAACGCGUAGGCAUAGCGGCUUGCAGUGGCUACAGCGUAUACGAAGAGUAAAUCCUCGCCUGGAGCAGUAUAGAGCAAGAAUACGCAGCAGACAGUAGAAGGACGCCAAAGAAACAUUCGAAUCGAAUUGUAGUGCCGUUAGGUCAAGGGAACAGGAGAGAAAUCGACAUUUGAAGAUCUCCAAAAAUCCGAGAUUGGGGACAGCGCUGGUCGUCCCUCUCAGCAGCAUUCAUUGGCCGAUGUUGAACUAGAGCCAUUUCUUCUCGAGACGUUUAGCUCCCGUGGCGUCACCGGCUUUUCCAACGAUCGCCCUUUCUUCUCCUGAUAGCUUGCUUACCUUACCUACCUUACCUUACAGAGUCAGGUAGCAGCUAUUCGUACGCUACCUACUGAUACUUCGUACCUGACCGACCUGGCACAGACAUCUCUUGUCACAGCAAGAGGCGACACCACAGCGAGACAUUUCGGCGGUCCUCUACGGGUUUGCAAACACACAAGACAAGCACCUCAUCAAUCCACGUCGACAACGUAGUACACUCAUUUCUCGAAGCUUUCGCGCGCGACUCUGUUUCAAUUUCACCUCUUGGAAUCCACUCCAAUCAGAUUCCCGCCGAUUUCCCGUCUUUAUCUCUCUCUCGCUCUUCCCCGCUGCAACUUGCAUACAUCCACACUCACUCCAUACACGCAGUCACCUUUUUAGGGCAACUCACAAUCAUUCAUUCUUUCCCCUUUCUUAUUCUACAUUCGGGUAACAAUUUCUUCUUCGCCGAGACGCCAGCCGACGACCGACACAAAACGGUUCACUUGGUCUCUCAUCAAUCGGUCUGCUUCAUUUCACGUUUGGGGGACUUGCUUUCGUCGAGCUUGCCCCAAGCCAGUCUAAACCGAUUGUCAAUCCAUCCGAGCACAUUUCAAUCAGCAGCCGUGGAGCCGUGGCCGCGACUGCGUAUCCGUACCUUACUCCGUCCGUACCUUACCUUACGGUGAGUGGAGGCACCGCUCCACCCACAAAAAAAGUGUCAGUGCUUUUGAUAGGAGGUAAGUGCAACCUAAAGUCACCACCAAUUUCCCUGGCGCAGGUACGGGCAGGUACAAGUCUGCAAAGUGGGGCCCGCACCUUCCAUUCCAGGCCCCAUCUCGUCUGGCGACUCAGCCUCUCUCCUUCCCUCUGGGCUCCCGUCUGGCUCUGGCUCUGCGUCUGCGUCUGUGUCUGUCCGCCUCUCCACCAACAAACAACAAAACACUGCGGUCGACAAAGAGCAGGGGGAAGAAUAGGAAGCGCAGCUCUCACCACCUCGUCGUCGUUGCCAUCUAAUGGCCGCAACUCAGUUCUAACCUUUUUUCUUGUCCGACGAUAGAACUGGGCGACCAAACUACUCUCUAUUUUCUUUUCCUUCUCUACAUCCGACACCAGACGCUCGUUUUCACUCCCCCGAUUAUUCGCUAAAUCCUCACCUUCCGAUUCGACUCGAUCCGAUUCGACUCCUUCUCUCCGUUUAAUUUCGCACCACCGAUUUUCGACGCGCCUCCGAACCCGCGACCGAUCAAACGAAGCAGCAGACAUCAUUCUUUUCAUGGCCAGCAUCCAAAAUUAGAUUCCUGCAAAUGCGACGCGAUAUCCAGUCCGAUUCUCAAGCAUCAAAAAUCUUCACUUCAACAGCUUCGAUACCCAGCAUUCACAGCACCCAACUCACCACCCUCUUGCCGACUGAACAGCAAUAGCAAUGCGUUUAGCUCUCGGUAAGCGCCCUUCGGCGCGCCGGAGUAAGUGGGCGAACCUUCUUGCAGUGGCAGCCCUCGCACCUUCCUCGGUGGCAGCAAUCCAGUUCACCCCAGUUUCCGAUGCGAACCUCGACCUUUCCCAGCUUGGCAGAAUUGGUGUGGCGGGCGACUUCAACGGCAUCUCUCUCUACCAAUUUGAGGAGCAAAAUGAGAAGCCUUACAGCACAAACGGAAGCGAGUCUUUGCUUUCUCAGCUGCCCAAUGGGGCCUUUGCGUCGCUCAUCUCGACUGAUGCCUCAAUUCACGACAUGUGCACAUUCACCCUCGACAAUGGAACGAUGCAGGGAGUGGUAAUUGGCGGUAAUUUCACGAGCUUGGAUGGCACUCAGUCUCAAGGCAUUGCCUUGUUCAACCCCAACACCUCCCAGAUCACCCCUUUGGCCGGUCUGUCAGGUCAGGUGAACGCUCUUCUCUGCGACCAAGCUGCCAACACCGUUUACGUUGGAGGUAACUUCAGAGGCGCCAACUCGACGAACGCAAUUGCCUGGUACGGCACCGACGGAUGGACUAACCUUCCUUUCGCUGGUUUCAAUGGCCCUGUUUCGUCCAUCACCAAGGCUUCGAAUGGCCACAUCGUCUUUGGCGGCAGCUUCACUGGACUUGGCAACACUAGCACUCCCAGCACCCCGGAUGGACAGGUCAUCAACCUCUCGACUGCCAAUAUUACUUCGGCUUCGAGCACCUCUACCGCUGGCUUUAGUGACCCUCGCAACAUCAUCUGCAAGACGGACGGAGCUGAUGGCUCAGGCAACACUUGGCUGCUCCGCGACAAUUCUGCUGGCUUCUGGCAGGCAAGUUUCGGCUUUGGGUUCCAGCCCACCAAGAUGCGGCUCUGGAACACCCACCAGGACGGCCGAGGAACCAAGACAUUCCGUUUCACUGCUCUCCCUCUGGGCGGUAUCUUGAAUAUGACCUACGUUGACCCCACAACUGGUCAGAACGCUACCUGCACUAGCGAGUGCCCUCUCAGCAACAACUCAACUCUCAAGUUCCAGGACUUCCACUUUGUCAACCUGGUUGGAAUGAACUCGUUCAGAAUCGAUAUUUCCGACUACUACGGAUCUGGCGGUGGUCUGAACGGCAUCCAGCUUUUCGAGGACGACAUCAACUCGUACGCCAUCAACGACUUCAACUCCCCGGCCUGCGCAGACAGUGACACCAAGUCAUCUGCCACCACCACCGGACCGUGGUCGACAUCUCCUUCCUUGCAGAGCAGCUCUCAGUACUUGACUGCCAAGCUAUCCGGAACCAUCAGCGCAAGCUCCGCCACGGUUACCUUCCUCCCGGAUCUCAAGGAGUCUGGCAACUAUUCCGUCAACCUGUACACGCCCGGCUGCCUGCAAGACGGUACCUGCUCGACUCGAGCGCAGGUCAACGUUACCGGCAUCAUGUCGUCCACUGGUAGCAACAAGUUUACUACGUCCCUUUACCAGACUAAUAACUUUGACAAGUAUGACCAGAUCUACUUCGGCUAUAUCGAGGCGAGCUCAGCAGACGGCUUCCGGCCCAGCGUCACUCUGACUCCUUUGGCUGGGCAGAGCAUUGAUGAAAUGACCAUUGUUGCUCAGCGAGUCGGAUUCACCCUCAUCAAUUCGACGGGUGGCCUGAAUGGCCUGUUCGACUUCGACCCUUCGUCUGCCACAGUCAACACCGAUUUCAAGAGCUCCAAGAUCAACCAGCUCGGGUCCUCAUUCUCCUCAGGAUCUGCAGUCACUAGCUUGACGACUGCUGGCGACUUGGUCAUCGUUGGAGGCAACUUCACGUCAUCUACUGCCCGCAAUGUCAUUGGUAUCAACACGGCAAGCGAGGCUACCAUGGCUCUCGACGGCGGUCUCAAUGGCGAAGUGAAGGCGAUGGAACUCAACGGUACCCAGCUUUACGUUGGUGGUGUCUUCUCCAACACCCUCGACAAUGCCGUCACAGGUCUCAACAACGUCGGUGUGUACGACACCUCCGCCAACACGUGGACUGCACUUGGUGCAGGCGUCAACGGCGAAGUCUCCCACGUUGUCCCAAUGCUCGUCAAUAUUACAAGCGAGAGUGAGGCAGAGUCGGUCGUUACAUUCACUGGUGACUUCAGCGAGAUCAACGCAUUCGGAGACAACUCAGCUAUUCAGGCUUCUGGCUUUGCCGUCUGGGUGCCCUCUCAGAAGAAUUGGCUGCAGAACCUCAACGGCCCUGUCCCGGCCUUGAACGGAAUCCUGACCACUGGCAUUCUCGAUCUUCCCGGAGGAGGAUCUCUCUACGCAGGAUCGAUGACCUCGGCAACUAUCAGCGCCAAUGGUGCCGUCACCCUUGCUGAGAAGUUUGGCCAGUUCCCGGUCAAGUUCAAGCCAUCUUCGACGACCUCUAUCACCGUCAGCAAACGCGAUUCUCUGGCCAGUGGCAACAUUACGGGCGUGGUCACUGGUGCAUUCUACACUGGCAACAGCCGCAAUAUUACCAUCCUGGGUGGCCACUUCACGGCUGUGGGCACUAACGGCAGCUCCGCCAAUAACCUGGUGCUCAUUGACGGAUCAAACUCGAACUCGAUCACCGGCCUCGGCUCUCAGAUCGAGGACAACUCAACCUUCAUUGCCCUUGCGGUAACUGGCGACCUUCUCUUUGCCGGAGGCAGUGUCCGUGGUACCGUCAACAACAAUGCUGUGCGAGGUAUCAUCUCUCUGAACCUCCAGACUGCUACCUUCAACAGCACGCAACCUCCCGGCAUCAGCGGUGGAAACGCGACCGUCACAUCUAUCGAAGUCCGUCCCGAUUCUGGCGAUGUCUAUGUUGCCGGUUCCUUUGAAUCAGCUGGAGCGCUUGGCUGCCCAGGUGUCUGCUACUACGACACAUCUCUGGCAGGUUGGAACCGUCCCGGUGUCAACCUCGAAGGCACUGGACAUUGCCUCAUCUGGACCAGCAAGUCCCAGCUUGUCGCCGGUGGCAAUUUCACCUUGAAUGGUACCUCCCCUACCAUGCUUGCCAUGUACAGCCCUGAUCGCCAGGCAUGGUCUGCCUACCCCGGCGAGGACUCUCUGCCUGGUCCCGUCGAGGUUCUGACGGCUGGAUCGAGUGAUCGCAAGCAACUCUGGGUUUCCGGAACCGCGAACAACGGCUCCAUCUACCUGAUGAAGUACGACGGCUCCAAGUGGCAAUCUGCCGGAACUACUCUACUUCCCGGUACUACUGUCAACAGCAUCCAGGUCUUUUCUCUGACUUCAUCCCACGACAAUACCGACAUCCUAGACUCCAACCAAGCCUUGAUGAUUACUGGCUCCCUCAACCUUCCCGGCUACGGAUCAGCGUCGGCUGCCAUCUUCAAUGGAACGACCUUCCAACCGUACGCGCUCACAGUCAACAGCGGUAACACCGCCGGCUCGAUUUCGAGAAUCUUCACCGAGCACCAGGACUUCUUCUCCGACAAUGAAGGCCGCAUGGCUCUUGGAUUCAUUGUCCUAAUUGGACUUGGUAUAUCGCUCGCCCUCAUCUUCCUCAUCGUCAUCGUCGGUAUGGCCCUCGAUCGCCUGCGCAAGAAGCGUGAGGGAUACUCGCCAGCACCGACAUCGAUGUAUGACCGCGGCGGUGGUAUGAGAAAGAUUCCUCCCCACGAGCUACUCGAGUCACUCGGUAAGGGCCGUCCUGGCGCUCCGCACGUGUAGCACUUGUGAGGAACGUUUCGGUUUCGGUCUUUUAUCAGGGUUUUGCUUUCCGGCGUUUGGACAGGCAUGGCGUGGAAAAAGGAUACCAUCGCGACUCGACAUCUUUCACCAACAGAGGCAUAGAAUCAGCUGUUGAGUCCAAGAGGGACGAAGACAGCACAUAUUCGACACCACGCAAAACGCAAGUCUUCGAAAGCAGUCUGCCUGGCUGCGACCAAUCGAUAUGGCACGCCAUACAAUCUGACAGUAGCCUCGUGGACCGCCUCGACUUCUCUGCAUUCGAUUCUUCACGACCUCACGACCUUUGUUUAAUGUCUACAUGUUUAGUUAUACCACUAUGCGCGUUAAGCCGCUUUCUCUUCUCGGACACAAUCAGCAAGGUUCCUUCCCUGGAACUUGUACACUACAACUGGACACAGCUCCUUUUUGUUAUCGAGCUGGUCGCGCGCAUACACCAAAACAACCAAACAACACCAAUCACUAUCAAUCAGGUUUCAUUUUUUUCUUCACUUUGUCGUCUCGAAAUGAGACAUUUUCGGAGUUUCCCAAGGUCGGACAGGAGGGAUCAAGGCUUCUUCUGAACUUGGAGGUAUGAGAGAGGCGGAGGAAAGGAAUUCUCCUUUUUUUUUUUCCAAAUUCCGCCAACAAGUCUUGGCUGAGGCUGUUUCUACCCAGCUUUGAAGACAUUAGCAGUAGCUUCAUGGCGGUUGAGUGCCAUAGGUAGCUUAAUAUCCAGUAUCG